AUGACGUUCGAGUGGGCCAAGGCGGAUAUCCCGAACCUGCUGAUGGGCGUGAUAUUUUGCGCGUUGAUUUGGCCGCAACUCAUGCAAGUAUCUGCUUUUUUGAGGCAAUCGCUGUAUCGGGCAACCGCCCAGGAGCGGGAGAGAACGGUCACGCUACAGGCCCUACAUGAGAGGCAAGAAGCGGAAACUCAACGGGAAGGAGAACAUGCCACCGCGGCAGGUCGCAGAACCGGCGCCACCACCGCCACCGCCUCCACCGCAGCACGUGCAGAGAAAGCGAUCAUCCUGCCACAACCACAGCCGAGGAGGGCCAAGGGCGCCCCCUCAUCACGAUCACCAUCACCGUCUCCAUCUCCGGAGAUCCUCCCGCUGACGACGCUGGGAGAGCUUCUGAGCUACGAGGGGCCCGGGUGGGGCCAGGGGUUCGCUCCUGCUCGCCCCCUGCCUUUCGUCGCUGCCCCCUUCCCUCCCUUGAAGAGCAGGCUGUUGGUGUGCCACGACCUUGCGGGGGGUUACGGGCAGGACAGGUUGGUCCAGGGCGGCGGAUACGACCGGCCGUAUCGGGCGUACGACUGGGGGCUGAUUGACAUCUUCGUGUACUUCAGUCACGACUUGGUGACGAUCCCAACGGCGGGCUGGAUCGACGUGGCCCACAGGCACGGCACGCGGGUCCUCGGGACUUUCAUCACCGAGUGGGACAAGGGUUACGACGUGUGCGAGGAGCUGCUGCGGUCCGAAGAGACCGCCGACCGAGCGGCUGCGAAGCUGACGCAGAUCGCGGUCGACCACGGCUUCGACGGCUGGCUGGUCAACAUCGAGAACAAGGUCGACCCGGGCGAGCGUGUCGAUGUCCUCGCCUACUUCCUCAGGAGCCUCACGGCCCAGAUGCGCGCGGCCACCCUGUCCGGCAGCACUAGUGUUGGCGGGGGCUCAUCAUCUUCAACAGCAGCGCCGGUAGCAUCCGGUGGGGGGCCAGAGGAUGGGAAACCUGGCACCGCCGGUACCGCCGGUGGGCACAGCAGGUCGACGGUGCUGUGGUACGACAGCGUCACGGUGGAGGGGAAGCUGGAGUGGCAGGAUCGCCUUAACGGAGAGAACCGCGUCUUCUUCGACGCCUGCGACGGGAUCUUCUCCAAUUACGCCUGGAAGGCCGACUACCCGUCCGCCUGCGCGCUGGAGGCCCAGGCGAGGCGCUACGAUGUGUACAUGGGCAUCGACACCUUCGGCCGCGGGACGUGGGGUGGGGGCGGCUUCGACGUGGACAAGGCGCUGGGUAAGAUCAGAAGGGCCGGAGUCUCCGCGGCGCUCUUCGCGCCUGCCUGGACCAUGGAGGAGGAAACCACAGGCGGGGGACGGGUCGACCCAGAUCCCGGGCGAGGAGGGUGGCAAGAAGUCGAGCAGGAGUUCAGCGAAAUCGACACCGAGUUCUGGAGCAAGAUUGCGGCGGUGUGGCAGCCGCCGAGAAGCUUGCCGGGCGGAGGGAGGGGGGGGGCUCCGCUGCUGCCCCUGGUGGUGAACUUUGGCCACGGCCUGGGAAACGCUUGGAGAAUUCGGGGGGAGGAAGUGGCCGUGUUUCGAGCUUCGAGGGCGGCUGAUGAUGAUGCAACCGGCGAAGGAGACAAAAACGAAGGGCAAGGCGAUAACGACGCAGACAAUGACGAAGACGAUCGCUUGGUCGUAGGAGGAGCGUUCUACGACUUGGCGUCCCAGUGCCUCACCCCCCUCGUCGGGGGGCGAGGGGGGCCCGUGAAUGGGGGGUUGCGGUCGGACGUGGUGAAGGCUAGGCGUGCGGGAGACUCAAGUGACUCUCAGGGUGGUGCGAACGGCACGAUUCGAGCGACGUACUCGUUCGCGGAGAGCUUCGACGGCACCUCCUCGUUGCGGUUCACGGGCGUCCUGAACGAAAAAGCCACGGCUUCUUUCCCUCUCUACAGCUGCGACGUACCCCUGCCUGCGGACCCCCUAGAGAUCCGGUUGACCUUCUGUGGCAACGCCGACAGCGACAUGGCCCUACUCCUGUCCCUAGACGUACCCGGCCAGCUCGGGGGGCGCCGUGAAGUGGUUCUUCGCGACUGGGGGAAGGAGGGAGCUCCCAAGAAGCAGCAGGCGGUUUUCUCGAAACGGCUGACCUUCACGGACACCAAGGCCACGUACUGCCCGGUGCGCGAGGAGAGCGACCGGGCGCUGUCGGCGACGGCGUCAGCAGAAUAUGGUCUCCAAGCUAGGGUCAGAGCCCUGCGUGAUGCCGGGGAGCCCUACGAUGCCAUCCGGACCCGGCUUCGCGAGGAGCGCAGCGGCGGUGCCGGCGUCGCCGGCGCUGACUCGCCUUCUUCUGCUGCCGCCACCGGCGCAUCCCCAUCGUCAACAUGGAUCACCCGGACGUACGUUGUGCGGGACCUCCGGAUGGGAGGGUCUCGCGCCAUCCGCGAGGUAAGCUUGGUCUGCGCCCGGCGAAACAAAUUGCCGACCUUGUCUACCCAGGAAGAGGGCGGAGAAAAGGCGGCGGCGGGAUCGGCGUGGUCCGCCCUCCGGGGUGGAAGGCGCCUCGAAGACAGCGGUGGCGGCGGUAGCAACGCCGGGGGGAAGAGCGGGGCCGAACGGAGGGGAGUUGCAGGGCUAGCGGCGUAUCGCGCUUUCCUGGGCGAGGUAGCAAUCGGUCCCUGGCGGCGGGAAACGCCCUCCACGUUCGGGAGGGUCGAGGGCCUGCGCGCGAAAGAGGUGGCGUGUUUCUACGGCGAGGGCGAGACCGGCGGCGGCGGCGGCGGCGGCGUCACCGUCGACCUAUCCCUUGCCUGGGAAUCCGAAGGCUGCGUCGGCAGGGGCAGGGGUUUUGUCAAGAAGGACGACGGCGUAUUUGGUGCCGGGUCUCCGUGGACCACGCUCCACUGCGACAUCUGGGGGGCGUACGGCGGAGAAGAAGAGGGGGGGGGCGGCGGCAGCUGGCGGUGGCUGGGCAGGGCGUACGGGCAGAAGUACCGCCUGACGAACCUUCGGGUUGGUGGUGGUGGGGGUUGCCGCGAGGGAGGGGCAACGGGCGAGGCAGCCAGCGGGUCGUCGCUGGUGCUCGCGGUGCAGCAGGUCAACGCGAUGGGGUAUAGAGAGCCUGUUGAAGACUGGGCCCGGCUGCACCUGUGUCUGCCCUGA